AUGACAGUAUCAGACGUGGAUAGCCAAGGCAUCAAAGUCUUUAAACAAACACAGCAAGCCGCUGCCUCCCUAACAGAAGUAGCAAAGGGGAAUCCUUUGGUCAUAAGGCCUACAAAUGGAUUUGUGACUUCUGACCUCAUCCAUCUGCCAAGAAGAAGAAGAGUUGCUUCAUCCUCAAUUCUGAAGAGUGAGAAAAGGAAGAGGACAAAAAAUGUACAUUUUAAUUGUGUUACGGUAUACUACUUUACCAGGAGGCAAGGGUUCACAAGUGUUCCCAGCCAAGGAGGCAGCACUUUGGGCAUGUCCACUCGUCACAACAGUGUACGCCAAUACACUCUUGGGGAGUUUGCGAUGGAACAAGAGCGGCUUCAUCGAGAGAUGUUAAGAGAACAUCUCAGGGAGGAAAAGCUGAACUCCUUAAAACUCAAGAUGACUAAUAAUGGCACUGUGGAAUCUGAGGAAGCAAACACUUUGACGCUGGAUGACAUUUCUGAUGAUGAUAUAGAUCUAGACAACACUGAAGUCGACGAGUACUUCUUUCUACAGCCUCUGCCAACAAAGAAACGAAGGGCCCUCCUGCGAGCCUCUGGAGUCAAGAAGAUUGAUGUGGAAGAAAAACACGAGCUGAGAGCCAUCCGUCUUUCAAGGGAGGACUGUGGCUGUGAUUGUCGAAUCUUCUGUGACCCGGAAACUUGCACUUGCUGCCUUGCAGGCAUAAAAUGCCAGGUGGAUCGUAUGUCUUUCCCAUGUGGUUGCACUAAAGAAGGAUGCAGUAAUACAGCUGGUAGAAUCGAAUUUAACCCCAUCCGGGUUCGGACUCACUUUUUGCACACUAUCAUGAAACUUGAAUUGGAGAAAAACAGAGAGCAGCAAGUCCCCACACUGAAUGGUUGCCAUGCUGAGCUAAGUGCGCACAGCAGUUCAAUGGGCCCCACCGCCCACCCACUAGAAUUCACGGUUCCAGAGAACUUUGAGCUAGAGGCAGAACCUCGAGCUGCAGUGGUGCACUUGCAAUCGGCAGACGACUUGGAUUGCCCAGGAGAGGAAGAAGAGGAGGAGGAGGAAGAUGCAAGUAGCUUUUGUAGUGGGGUUACAGAUUCCAGCACACAGAGUUUAGCGCCCAGCGAAACAGAUGAAGAUGAGGACGAGGACGAGGAGGAGGAAGAAGACGAAGAGGAGGAGGAGGAGGAAGAGGAAGAGGAAGAAGAAAAAAUAGAUGAAUGUCUGGAAGGCUUGGGGGCUCAUGCUGAUGCAGGUCAAGCCCUUCCUUCUGUCCUUUGCUAUUCAGACAGCACUGCCAUGCAUGAAAACCAGCCAAAGGCUAUUUCCUACUAUCCUAGCUCCUCAUCGCUAUAUUACCAAAUAGAGAAUCACGGCCCUGGCACUCCUAACCAGAUUCGGGAGACUUACUCUGAAAGAGAAACUGUUAAGAACGGUAAUCUUUCUCUGGUGCCUUAUAAUCCAACUUCAGAACCAUUUGUGGACUACGCGCGGCCCUCAGAGGAGAAUUAUGGCAGCUCCCUGUAUCCUUCUUCAAACCCGUCUGUCAUAGUUUGCUGCUCCUCGUCAGAAAGCGAUAACGUUGUUCCAUGUAGCAGUUUAUAUGCUGAACAUCGGCCAAGGCAUUCCCAGGUGGACUUUCCUUCAUACUUGAAAAGUCCUUCGCAAGAUGGAUUUGUUUCUACUUUGAAUGGUGGCACUCACCUCCCAGAGCGUCCCGCUGAGAAUUCACUCAGCCUUUCAGAAAAGAGCAGACUCCAUGAAGAGUGUAUCAAAUCUCCUGUCAUGGAAACAGUACCUGUUUAAAUGAUUUUAGGACCGAAUCACUCUAUUUCAAAUGCACUCUAUUUUAAUUGGAUUCCCUGGAACCAUUCUUAUUUUUUCUCUCAGCAGUGGAGGUAAGGGGAAAGACUGUAGUUAAUGUUUUGAUUUUUUUUUCAUUGUUGUUUUUCUGUAAAGCUCUACUGGCUGUGGCCAUUGCACAAAAACAGUUUGUGUAAAAAGUAAACUUUUAUAAAAAUAGAAUGGUCCUUUGAUAGGAAAUACCCAGAUUUUAAAAUAAUCCACACAGACAUAUAUAUCCACAUCCACAUACAUAUAGUACAAAAAGCAGCCCACAUAUUGAUUUAUGUUGGGCUAACUUACAGCUUCUUAUUUUAUUGUCGGGCCUGUGCAAGAUAAUAAAAAUGUUACUUUGGGAUCUUUAUGUUUGGGGUAUUAAAAUAUCACUCCUAUUUGAAGGUGAUGACUUUUUAAAUAUAAAUGUGACUGCAAACAAAAAAAAACCUGAAUUAUUCAGUAAUGUAUAUUUUAUUUAUUGUAGCUUAGUACUCAUAUCUUGAUAAAAAUGAACUGCUUGCUCUUUGGAGCAGAACAGCACAACCAGAUUUCAUUAGGCAAAUAGAUUUUGUGAGGGCAGUACAGUUGACCACAAACCCUAUUCUUUGAUCUGCACUAGGGACUAUUCAUAUCUGUAACCUAGGAAUGUAGGGGAUAAUCCAGGACAUACCACUAGUUGGACAUAUUUAGUCAUUUUGGUGACACUGGUGUGGCGUUCUUGUUGCAAUUCCUGGCCAGUCUCCAUCUCAAGGAGAGGAGGAUAUAUAAGAAUUCUGUUUUCUAAAUUGCAGGUGGAAGCAGGAACAUUUUUGAGAAAUGUGUAACAUAGGACAAUCCUUAGAUUUUUUGGGGGGUGGGGGGAAGCAGCAUUUAGCAUUACAAGGAAGCUGGGUUAUAUUUUGCUACUCAAUUCUAUCUCUCCAUUCUUUUCAAUCCAUAAACUAUCCUGGGUGAAUGCAUAGUAUUAAAUAUGGACAAUAUCCAGUCAUACUUCUUCAGAUCUUCUCCUUAUUCUUCCCCACAUUCACUGGCCAUUUUUCCUUCUACCAGCACUGUUUUCCUUAUGGCAACCCUCCCAUUUGUGAAGAACUCUGUUGUCAGAAAGCAGAAAAUGGUGGAUAUAUGGGACUGGCUUGGGCCCUCUAUUAAAUAAGAGCACAGUUAUAGUCUUUCCAUGGUUAUUUCUUCAUGUAAAGUUAGGAAUACUAUAUUUUUAUUUAUUAAAAUUAUCUCCCUACUUAUAUGGUGCUCAGAGUGAUCUCCACAAUAGCUUAAGGUAUAAUUCAGAGAGAAUGACUGACCCAAGGUUAUCUUUGGAGGAUUUGAUUUGGGUUCUCCUUGUGGUUUGCUCAUCUCCUCACUGGCACACUUGCUUUCCAUUGGCCCUGGAACCAUUUACUCUCCCCUGCAUACAAUAAUAGUAUGCAAAGAGUCACAUGGGAACAUUAAGCACACUGCUAAUGGAAACAAUCCAGAGAUAUCAAAAGGAAUUCCUUUAGUGGAAUGUCACAUUCCAUUGCUUUUAGUGGGACUUCAUUGCAAUUAACUUUUAGUGGGCUGUGUGCUUUGUACAGGGCAGAGCUGCAGCUUUUGAGUAAGUAUCUUUUUGUUGUUCUGCAACUAACACACUUUAGUGGUGGUUCUUAUUUGUAGU